GUACAGACCCCCGCGUUCCGAGGGGCCGUUUAAAAUCGGUUUCUUGUCCAACGGGUUUCGGUUGGGAAAUCUGAGAAGACCAGACUGGGAUGCGACAGAGAGGCCGAAAGCGAAUUUUUGCAGCUUGCACAUCGUCUCCUUCCUUCUUUCUAGUCUUUCGGUCUUUCUUUGCUUACCAGAUGAAGUUUUCUUUAUGAGGUUUCUGCUGAGUGCUUUUGAUCUUGCUGAUCGUGCAUGGUGAUCCUCUGGGAUGUGAACGAGAAUCAAGGAUGGCUACCCGAAGCGCAGAGUCUUCACAUGUUUUCAAGAGUGGGCCUCUUUUCAUAUCGUCAAAAGGUCUGUCUGCCUUCUUCAUCUGGAAUAGGAUGGACAUCAUGGAAGAAAAGAUGGUUUAUAUUAACACGCACAUCGUUGGUCUUCUUUAGAAGUGAUCCGAGUAUUGCUCCUCAAAAAGGGAGUGAAGUCAAUCUGACCCUUGGUGGAAUUGAUCUAAACAACUCAGGCAGUGUGGUUGUCAGAGCAGAUAAAAAACUCUUGACCGUGCUGUUUCCUGAUGGUCGUGAUGGACGAGCUUUCACACUCAAGGCUGAGACUACUGAGGAUCUAUAUGAGUGGAAGGUUGCACUUGAAAAUGCAUUGGCUCAAGCCCCAAGUCCAACUCUUGUGGUGGGACAGAAUGGCAUAUUUCGGAGUGAUCCAGAUGAUGGUGCUUCAGAACAGUUGAAUGAUAAGCGGCCUAGUAAAUCCAUGAUUGUUGGUAGGCCCAUAUUGCUUGCUUUAGAAGAGACUGAUGGAACUCCAUCCUUCUUGGAGAAAGCACUAAGGUUUAUAGAAGAUCAUGGUGUCAAAGUAGAAGGCAUCUUGCGACAAGCUGCUGAUGUUGAUGAUGUUGAAUGCCGAAUGAAGGAAUAUGAGAAGGGGAAAGUUGAGUUUUCUUCCGAAGAGGAUGCACAUGUCAUUGGUGAUUGUGUCAAGUAUGUCCUUCGGGAGCUACCAUCAUCUCCAGUUCCUGCAGCUUGUUGCAAUGCCUUAUUAGAUGCCUUUCGAGUUGAGCGUGGACUUAGAGUUGAUGCGAUGCGAGAAGCAAUAUAUAAUACAUUUCCAGAGCCAAAUCGUCAUUUAUUGCAGAGAAUUCUUAAGAUGAUGCAAAUAGUAGCUUCUCACAAAUCUGAGAAUAGGAUGAGCUUAUCUGCUGUAGCAGCAUGCAUGGCACCUUUACUUCUUCGACCCCUUCUCGCAGGAGAAUGUGAUCUUGGAAGUGAUUUUAGCAUGGGUGGAGAUGGUUCCGUUCAACUUAUGCAGGCUGCAGCAGCAGCUAACCAUGCUCAAGCUAUAGUCAUAAUUCUUCUAGAAGAGUAUGACAACAUAUUUGAUGACAAUCAGUUGCAAGAUGGUUCUAGUUCUCCUGAAUUAUAUUCUGAUAUGGAGGAGAGUGGCAGUGAGGGUGAGGAGCAAAGUGUUGAUGAUGAUGGAACAGGUGAAGAUGAUGAAUCACAACAUGAACUUGAUGAGGAUGCAGAAGGUGAUCCUGAACAUGCAAGAAGCGAAACAUGCAGUGAAAGCAGCGGCAAUGGAGAUGGUGAUCUACAUGAAGAUAAGAUGCAGGUGUCUGAAGGUUUUGACAUAGAUUCAGAAUCUUCUCAGGUUAAUGAAAAUGCUAAGGCCAAUCAGAUACAGCCAUCAAAUGGACCUCAAGCUUCAUUAUCUCAGAAUGAUAAUGUACAUAGUGACAAUUUGCAAAGUCAGAGCAAUACUAGUUCAGUGAUACAUGCUGAUGAAUCUUCUAAACCAUUCGGAGAUAACCCUGCUACAAGUGCAGUAAAUCAACAGAAUGAACGCAUGAACAGCACCAAACACCAAGCCAUUUGGGGACGCAUCCCUGCUAAAAGGAAUGCACCCAUGGAACCCGUUGACCUUUCUAAUGAAGAUAAGGUAGCAAUUCAGAGGCUUGAAGUCGAAAAAACUGACCUACAAAAUAGAAUUUCCAAAGAGGCAAAAGAGAAUGUUGUACUACAAGAAAGUCUGGAAAAACAAAAGACAGCUUUGCGUGAACGUCGCGUAGCUCUGGAGAAAGAUGUGGCAAGACUACAGGAACAGUUGCAAAGGGAGAGAGAUCUAAGAGCAACUUUGGAAGCUGGACUCAAUAUGCCAAUGGAUCACUUAAAUAUCUUGGCCAUUGUAGAUGAGAAGACAAAGGCAGACCUCGAGGAAAUUGCUACAGCAGAAGCAGACAUCAUUAAUUUGAAGCAAAAGGUUGCUGAUCUCAAUGUGCAACUUCAUCAACAACGUAACCAAAACUAUGGGUCUGUAAAUGGAUCAUGCCAUCAGCAGCAACCGACUCCUGAUAAUCAAGGAACCUUGACUGAAAAACAAAACAAAGUUGAAAUGAGAGAAACAGAAUUUCUUCAUGAAAGGUCAACAAGAAGUGAGGGUUUAAAUUUGGACAAAACAAUUAGUUCAAAUAAGAGGACUCAAGAAUUACCAUCUUCAAUUAACAAGCAACUGCCUCUUAGCAAUACCCAAUCUGUAGGGGUUCCUGCCUCUUCAUCUUCUGUUGAGCCACAGGUAGUUGGAAAUGUUGUUUCAUCCGAUCCCAAGAAAUCUUCCACAAAGAGUGAGGAUGUUAAUUUGGUUGCAGCACAUAGUGACAACACGAGGACACAGGAUCCACCAUCUUUAUCAAACAAACAACCACCUCAGAAGCAUCAGGUGGAUUCAUCAAGCCAAAAUAGUAUCAAAGCUUUAGGAGCAUCUGCUCUAUCCACCAUGAACCCAAUGGUAGCUGGAGCCAUUUCUUCAUUGAACAUUAAGAAGAUCAGUGCAAAGGCUGAGGGAGCUGUGGCUGCAUCCUCCGCCUUGACAAAGCUGACAACACGACUCAACUUCUUGAAGGAGAGGCGCAUCCAAAUUGCAAAAGAGCUUCAAAGCUUGGGUGAAGGAUCAGAAGGUCAAUCACAUGGUCUUCAUUCGAGGACCAAAUCCAGAUAAUUCAAGGUCUGAAAUGGUGGAGCACUAAGUUGUGAUCUUUUCCUGUAUAUAUACCUACCCUGCAAAAUAUGUCAUGCCCCUUUUAUGUAUAAAUGAGGUACUUGUUAGUCUUUGCGGCUAUUAUUUAUUUAACAAGGACAGGAAUAUGAAAGAGAAAACUGAGCUCGUUGCUUUAGGGCUUGGUGGGGGAUCUUACAAGUCUGCAUGUUGUUAAGCUUAAAGCCCAUGAAAAAGGGGCUGAAGUCCAGAGCACAAGAUGUACAUUUUCUUUUUGUUCUUUUAUGUAAAUCUGAGAUCUCUCUUCUACUGUAUAACACACAAAGUAUAUAUAAUGCCGGAAUGUAUGCGUGAAAUGAUAUUUCA